UUUUUUUGUAGUCUGCACAUUUCAGAUCGUUAUCCAUCUCAGUCACACCAAACGCAGUGCUCUGAUGCCUGGCCGUCGCUAUGGGAACGCACUGACUGGCAGAGCAAACUUUGGACGCCGUUGGCGACUCUGACUGCCCGGUUAGCUACUGUAGCUAGAUACUUUUGAGAAAAACAAUGAAAUACCUAACAUAGAGAAAUACAUUUAGUUUUCCUGGACAAAAUGACGUGGAGAAAUAUCGACCCUUUGUCACUUGACGAGACCAUUGAUGAGGGGAAGGAGGAGAAGGAUGUGGAGAAGAGAAGUGUCUCGGUGUGGGAACAUCAGGAGCUUGCCCAGAUUCCCAUCAAGGUGCUGAGGGGUCACACAGACGCUGUCACCAGCUGUCACUUCUGCUUUGACGACACCAAAGUCCUGACCAGCUCCCACGACAAGACGGCCAUUCUGUGGGACACAGAGACUGGCGCCGCCCUGCUGGUGUUUGAGAGAGGACAUCUGUCCGGCAUCUCUGAGUGUGCUGUGAUUCCUGACAAGAAAAGGUGAGUUGGCAGUGUGUAC